UCAGCUGUGAUAAAGAUGGAAGGGGGCACAGACCACGAUGUUCGCAUUUUGGACAUGCCACCCAAAGAGGAAGAAGAAAGGGAAAAGUCCACAUCUGCUGCAGGUGGAGGGGAGCUCCAAAGGAGGGAGGACCUGAAAACGGCGGACAGAGAGCGCAAGCCCUCAGGGGAGAAAGACAAAACCGAGAAGGAGAAGAGCGACUCUGCCGGCGUAGACCAGGAGGCCACGGCAGAUGGAGACGAUACGAAGGAGGAGGCAGAGAAAGAAGCUGUCAGAGAAGAGAUGCCUGAGCCUAAGAAGGCGAGAAGAAAGCAGAAACGUAGAAGGGACAGCGAUGCAAGUUUGCUCUAA